ACGUCAUGUAGGUGAUGGUGAAAGGUGUGGUGAAAGGUGCAGUCGUUCAAAUUGAAGGCUUAAAGUCGUCGAGCUGGAAAAUCAGCCUGAUAACACACCCGUUUGUAGAUACACUGUGAAGUAACCAGGCCUGUCCACACAGCCUAGUAGAGUUCGUGUAUAUAUACAUAUUUUUUGUCUCUAACGCAGUUUACACCGAAAGCUGCUAAAAUGAGCAAACUCGGGAAAUUAUUCGGCUCCAGCUCGAGCUCUUCGAAGUCCAAACACCACCGAUCGCGCGGCGGGCCUUCACCCCAAGAGGCCAUCCACAAACUGCGGGAAACGGAGGAAAUGCUUACGAAGAAACAGGAGUACCUGGAGAAAAGGAUAGAGCAGGAACUCAUGAUAGCCAAGAAGAAUGGCACAAAAAACAAACGGGCUGCCCUGCAGGCCUUGAAGAGGAAGAAGCGCUUGGAGCAGCAGCUCACCCAGAUUGAUGGCACACUCUCCACCAUCGAGUUUCAGAGGGAAGCUUUGGAGAACUCGCACACCAACACAGAGGUCCUGAAGAACAUGGGUUUUGCUGCCAAGGCCAUGAAGAAAGUCCACGAGGACAUGGAUCUUGACAAGAUAGAUGAUCUGAUGCAGGACAUCACAGAACAACAGGACGUGGCCCGAGAGAUCAGCGAUGCAAUCUCCAGACCUUUCGGCGAGACAUUUGAUGAGGAUGAGCUGCUGGCAGAGCUGGCAGAGCUGGAACAGGAGGAGCUUGAGGAAAACAUGAAGACUAUGGGCGGACUACCCAGCGUCCCCAGCUCCAAACUGCCUUCAGCACGGCCCAGUCAGCGCGCAUCCAAGAAAAGGGUUGAAGAGGAUGAGGACAUGCGUAUGCUGGCAUCAUGGGCAACUUAAACCAGCUAUGCUAAAGCAGUCUCUCAGCUAGAGAAAGAAACAUACAAAAAUAUAGAGAGAGCUCUCUUUUUAGCUUUUUAUAUUAAUUUUGAAGGUUCUUAGGGAAAAUGAAGAGCAAAUUGUUUUUAAAAUAAACUUUUGCUAUUUUACUGGUUGUAUUUAUCAGAAAUUAAAGUUUUUAAGUGAAGGAAUUGACAAACUGUAUUUUAGAUUUGUGUUCUUUUCUAGUCUUUUUUUUUUCUGUUUCCUUUCAUUAUGAUAAUCAUUUUUGCUAAGCUUGUACAGUAUGCACUACUUACUAGGUGUGAUAUAAGAAGGAUAUGAUGAUGUUUUACACAUAAGGCGGAAUGUUUCACUGUAUUUCUACAGCUGUAAAUAAAGUCUGAUUUUGCAUUAA